CUCAUAGUGUAAGCUUGUCUCCUUACGUCUUACUCUACGCUACCUAAAGCAGAGUGUUGGUCUUACCUGCUGCCUGCGUGACCACCUCAAGAUGGGCACCUGAAGUGAUGGAUGGAGGGACCCUAACCAAAGGCGGUUCAUGGGCUCUUGAAACCGGGCCAAGAUUUAAUGAUGCGUUCUUUUGAAUUUACCCUUCAAGCUUCCUUUGUUUCGCUUUUGUGCCUCUGUGAACACCCCUCACCCCCGAUGUCCAAGGCUGAAAGUAUUUCAGAGCGAGUCUGAGUCCAACACUGGCUGACGUCUACCUGCAGUGCUUCGCCCUUCUCUGUGGGACGGUUGAAGGAGAGCAGGGCACCAUGCCUACUGUGCCCAACCUCAACAGCCUGAGCAAACUGUGCAGCUCCAGCCGCAGCCAAAGCGUCAACCGCGUCCGAGUAAAACGCAAGAGCUCGGUAAAGCGUAUGUCCAUCAUCGAGGAUGGACAUGUGGCGGAAGUCCUGUACCUGAUUCCUAAACAGUACAUGGAGCAGCUCCCGUACCUCAACCCUAAUGACUAUUAUCUAAGCGAGAGGCUGAACGAUGUGGCUACAGUGGCUCAUGCGCAGGACACACGCCACCACUCUACAGAGAAGCCCCUAAUUCAGUGCUACAAGUGUGGGCAGCCAUGUAAGGGCGAGGUGCUCCGGGUGCAGAACAAGCACUUUCACCUCAAGUGCUUCACAUGUAAAGUAUGUGGCUGUGACCUUGCCCAGGGGGGCUUCUUCAUGAAAAAUGGAGACUAUCUGUGCACGCUGGACUACCAACGCAUGCACGGUACCCGCUGCAAUGGCUGUGGGGACUUUGUUGAGGGAGAAGUGGUUACUGCUCUGGGCAAGACCUACCACCCUGCCUGCUUCGUCUGCACCAUCUGCAAACGACCGUUUCCUGCCGGGGACAGGGUGACCUUUAAUGGGAAGGACUGUCUCUGUCAAUACUGUGUCGAGCCCAUGUCUCCAGGACCAAAGGACAUCCUGGGCUCCAGCAAUUGCGCAGGAUGUGGCCGAGACAUUAAGAACGGACAGGCUCUCCUUGCUUUGGACAAACAGUGGCAUCUGGGCUGCUUUAAGUGUAAGGCCUGCAACAAAGUGCUGACCGGGGAGUACAUCAGCAAGGAUGGCGCCCCCUACUGUGAGAAGGACUACCAGACCCAUUUUGGAGUUCAGUGUGAGGCGUGCCAUCAAUUCAUCACAGGGAAGGUGCUAGAGGCAGGAGAUAAGCACUAUCACCCCAGCUGUGCGCGAUGCAGCAGGUGCAAUCAGAUGUUCACAGAAGGAGAAGAGAUGUAUCUGCAAGGGUCAACAGUCUGGCACCCUGGGUGCAAGAACACCACGAGAACAGAAGAAAGGCACAGGGAGCGGCCGACGAGGUCGUCAUCUGAGAGUAUUUGUUCCAGACCUGGUUCAAGCAUACCUGGCUCACCGGGUCACACUAUCUAUGCAAAAGUAGACAAUGAGAUCCUUGAUUACAGAGACCUAGCUGCCAUUCCAAAAGUCAAAGCCAUUUAUGACAUUGAGCGCCCCGAUCUUAUUACCUAUGAACCUAUGUACACCACCUCCCUGGAUGAGAGAGAGGAGAGACGAGAGAGUGUGGGAGAGCUCCACACUGCCAGGAGGGAACGUUCCCCCUUGCCGGAUGACAAGUCCUUAAGAAACAUGUCGCCAACCCCAUCUGGUGAGGGAUCUUACGACAGGAGGGAACGCAUCCUUCAGAGGUCCACCAGUCAGGGCUCCAUAGGAUCACCAGUUUAUAAUCGUCAUGGAUACACCCCCACUUUGUCACGGUCGCCGCAGCAUUUUCACCGGCCAGAGGCUCUGACAGGCAUGCAGAAGCUCUGCUCCUCCCUGUGCAGUAACAGUGUGGGCUCCAGAAAUAGUGACUCCCGCCCCACCUCCCCUUUCAGACACCACUUCCUCCCCCAUAGCCAAGGCACCGACCCGCCGAGUGGCCGGAGCUCUCCCCUACCGCUCAGGCCCGACAGCCGGCCGGUCACCCCGCCUCUCUCUCAGACCCCUAAACAUUUCCACCUCCCAGAUCAGGGGAGCAACAUCUAUCGAAAGCCACCCAUCUACAAACAACACGAUACAGCUUCCAUAGCACGCCAAAGCAAGUCUGCUGAUGAGAUCAUCAGAUCUGCCACCUUCCCCGCUGCCCAUGCUCCCUUUCCAGAUGACAGCUCACGGAGUGAGGGUGAUCGCUGGCCCUACUCGCUCACUGCGUUAGGUUCAGAAGGGAGGAGAAGAUCUAGAGAAGAGGAGGAGGAAGAGGCUUUGAAAAGAAAGCAGCUCCAGGAGGAGCAUCUCAGUAAGAUUCAGUCCGGUUUGGGGAAGCUCAUUUUGAAGGAGGAGAUGGAAAAAGAGCAGAUAAGGGAGCGCCAUGCACGAAGCCUCUCGGCUCAGCGCUACGAUCCCAAACAGACCAGCUGUGAUGCAGAUCAGCCUUCUCCAACCAAAACUAACUCUCUGCCUGGCUAUGGAAGAAAUGGGCUACAUCGGCCUCAGUCCACAGAUUUCACCCAGUACAACAGCUACGGGGACAUGUGCGGAGGAGGCAGAGAGUUUCAGCACAUUAAGGAUGGCCGUGCAGCACUUGCAAGGAUGGACAGGGGAGUAUCUAUGCCUAAUAUGUUGGAACCGAAAGUGUAUCCCUAUGAAAUGCUCAUGAUAACCAGUAGAGGGAGAGCUAAACUGCCCAGGGAUGUGGACAGAACCAGACUGGAGCGCCACUUAGCACCUGAAACGUUCUUUGACAUCUUUGGAAUGGAGAUCCAGGAGUUUGACAGGCUUCCCCUGUGGAAACGCAACGACAUGAAAAAGAAGGCCAAGCUCUUCUAGCACUCAGAGCCGCAUGCAUUUUCUGUACAUUCAGAUAGCACACAGCAGCUGUAAUCUAGAUGUAGGUUUUGGUUUAUUUCCUUUUCUUCUUUUUUGUUCUUUUCUUUUUUUUUUUUAAAUUUGAUUGUUUUAACCUGACAUAAUCACGGAAGCCAUGAACUGGACUCUUUGCUCUGAUGCUUCCUGAGACUAUGUACUGAAAGACUUGUCCUGUUAGACUUGCACUGUCAACGAUGAACGGGAAUCUCUUCCACGUUCAAAAAUGACAAAGAAUGAGACUGGACGAUGAACAGGGUCAUGUUCUUUGGUUUGAAUGCGCUUGUUUUACUUCUUGCUUUGCUUCGAGUGGAACCGCUUUCCUUUUCUUUCUUGCUCGUUUCUUCCUACUAUUUCUCUCGCUGUUGAUUCCUGUGGAACUUUGUAAGUACAGUAGAACCUCAUGGCGCUCAUUACAAAAUGUCCAUGCUCGUAGCUUGAACAUGUGUCAGCUUACCCUCGCUUGGGCUAAAAAGGUUUUAGUCCAAAGUUUGCAAGAAUUGGCUCAGUGAGUCUUUGAAUUAAAAAAAAAAGUCACUGGGAAAGCAGUCAGCUUACCCAACAGCUGUUUUACUGCAUCUACAUGGAAAUGCAUCAUCCAAGCACCGACAUAUCACUAGUCUCCUUCCCAUGGCUACGCACUGAACAUCCGUUUGACCCUGACAAAAAAUGUCUCUCUUCUCAGGCUCUCAUAAACACGGCCAGACACUCUCCCUUUACAUGGAUUGGAAGUACAAAUCGUAUUAUAUUUUAAUGCCAUAUCAAAAGCAAAGUAAGUGACAAAUAGCUAAAACCCCUAAUGUGUUUGAAAGUACUGUUUUAUAUAAAAAAAGAAAAGAAGAAAAAACCCCACACUGCCAUUUGUUGUAUUGAAUUCUAAGCCAAUAAAGCUUUAAAUCACCAUGAAACAUAAUGAUCCUCUGCUAAACCAAAGGUACCCACCGCCUCUUUUCUGUUUGUUUUUCUUUGUUUGCAUUUCACCAAUAAACACACGAGCUCAGUGAUGUAACGCAGGUUAAGAAGUCAUUUUUGGACUGAGUAACUUUUAAUCAGAUGGUGGCGUCCACUGACCUAAACAAACACUGAUUAGCUAAGUCUCUGUUGGGUUACACAAGCUUUGACUUUGACUGCUUUACUGCAGGGGUUUAUAUAUUAUUGUGGGUUAUGCACUGAACAGAUAUACACUCACUGGACACUUUAUUAAGUACACCUUACUAGUACUGGGUUGGACCCUCUUUUGCCUUCAACAAGCUGCUGGAAACAUUCAUCAGAGAUUUUGGUCCAUAUUGGCAUGACAGCAUUGCACAGUUGCUGCAGAUUUGUGGGCUGCACAUCCAUGAUGUGAAUCUCCCAUUCCAUCACAUCCUAAAGAUGCUCCAUUGGAGUGAGAGCUGGUGACUGUGGAGGCCAUAUGAGUACAGCACACUCAUUGUUAUGUUUAAUAAACCAGAUUUAGAUCAUCUGAGCUUUCUGACAUGGUCUGUUAUCCUGCUACAAGCAGCCAUCAGAAGAUGUGUACACUGUGGUCAUAAAGGAACAAUAAAGCAAAAAUACUCAGGUAGGCUGUGGAGUUUAAACAAUACUCAGCUGGUAGUAAGGAGCUAAGAGUAUCCAGAGAAAAUAUUGCUCACACACCAGUAAACA